AUGGGGAAUGAUUUCGCCGCCGCUCAGGAGCUGCUGCGCAAUGCGAAACCAGCCCGCGGUAAAUUCUCGGCCUCGGGCUUUUGCCGCGCCCUAGUAGGGCUUGUGUUGAACAUGGUCAAUGAGAGGGUCGAGUUCGGCUUCCACACUCCGCCGUGGGCAAUCCCGGUGCAUCUCGUCUCCUCGAACCGUGUGAGUCUGUUGUCCGGCCGCACUGCAACUCCAGGGCCGUGUCUGUAUCGGCUCAUUCACCCCGGAUGGACGGGCCAGAAGGCUACACAGUUACGGAAUGGUGGCCAUGGGCUCUCACGGUCGCACGGGGCCCGAGUGACGACUGUACUGAAUCCCCUACUACGCUACUCACUCCCGGUGCCGCGCUUCGACGAGGGAUUCUUUGGCUUUCGCGAUAUGCACGAAGUUGCUGCGGGUAUUGUAGGCCAGGCUCUUCAUAACCGCCUUCAGCCCUCGGACCGGGCGGCCGAAGAUGUCCAGACGAUCUCAUUCCUUCAUCACUCUAACACAGUGAAAUGUGAAACUGCCCAUCCACCAGUUCCACCAGCAUUUGGAGCGCCUGUAUGGUGGGGAGUUCCAGGACGUCGAGAGAACUCGGGCGGCUGGCAUUGA